UUUUUGUCUCAAUUUAUUAUUUUUGUUGCAGAAAGCUCUCAAAAUCUCUCUCAGCCUCUUUCUCUCUCUCUCUCUCUCUCACCCCAAAAAACCCGACCGAACCACAAAAAAUGUCUUCCCCAAGCAAACGCCGUGAGAUGGAUUUGAUGAAACUGAUGAUGAGUGAUUACAAGGUGGAGAUGAUCAAUGACGGCAUGCAAGAGUUUUAUGUGGAUUUCAAAGGCCCCAAAGAGAGCCCGUAUCAAGAAGGUGUCUGGAGGAUAAGGGUGGAGUUACCGGAUGCUUAUCCUUACAAAUCUCCAUCUAUCGGCUUUGUCAACAAAAUUUACCACCCAAAUGUUGAUGAAAUGUCAGGAUCAGUUUGUUUAGAUGUUAUCAACCAAACUUGGAGCCCCAUGUUUGACCUGGUUAAUGUAUUUGAAGUGUUUCUGCCUCAACUUCUUUUAUAUCCCAACCCAUCGGAUCCAUUGAAUGGAGAAGCUGCUGCUUUGAUGAUGCGCGAUCACACUGCUUAUGAUCAAAGAGUAAAAGAGUAUUGUGAGAAAUAUGCAAAGGCGGAAGAUGUAGGGGGUGCCCCAGAGGAGCAAUCAAGUGAUGAGGAGCUGAGCGAAGAUGAGUAUGACUCCGGGGAUGAUGCAGUCGCAGGCCAAGCCGAUCCAUAGGUAUAUAACGCUGGCCAAAUUUAUCAUCUGUUGUACAUUAUGUUCUGCUUAAAUGGAAAUUAAACCCAAAAAAACUUGGGGCUCGUGGAAAAAAACCCUGCCCUUGUUUCAUUGCUGUUCGUGGAGGUUGUGUAAAUUAAUCGACUAUGAUUUAUUGUUUUGGAUA